UUGGACGCCGAAAUCAUAGCACUGACAGUUCUAUAAUGUACCCAUCCGUUGUAGAUAGUCCGUUCUGGCAGCUGUCGUCGUCGAGAACGUUCUAACACCGGAUUUACCUUCGAAAGUCGUUGCUGAAAGAAUCUGUUCGUCUGCACCUAUCCCCGGAUUUCAGCGAUCAGAAGAAUUUAACAGCCGCCCGGAAAGUUUUCAAAGCUUCACGAAGACAUAUCUGAAGAAGGACACAAGUUCCCCAAGAAGAUUCUUUCGAAGACUGUCGAAGAACUAGCCCAUUUGCUUGCCGCAACUACAUUGCCAAGGAAAGCAGCAAUUGCUUAAUUCAAGGAAAGGAAUCCUCUGCAUGCAAGGAAGAAAAGCUGCCUUUGGCACGGUAAAGGUCAAAUGUUAGCGACUGCACCACUUCGGUCAAGUUGAAAAUCUCUGCAUAACAAGCCCUCAACAUAAAAAUAGCAAAGGUACGAAGUCAGUGAAUAAACUUUGGAAACAAACGGAAAUACAAAACAGCUGAAGACACCAAUUGCAAGCAUCAGGAAUGAAGCAUAAGAUGUCUCGAAAAGAUUAGCAAGAAAGUUUAAGAACAACAAGAUGAGCUCGAUAGGGAAACCCUCUGGGCUGAAACCGCCCAGUAAAAUAGCCAAACCUGGAGGCACAGGGAUCCCCAAGGCUGGAGGUACAGCCGGGGCUGCCAAAGCAGGUGCGGCUGGUGCAGCUAAAGCUGCUGCAGGUGCUAAAGGUGCUGCUGGAGCUGGCAAGGGUGCGCCAGGUGCCGCUGCAAAGGGUGCAGCUUCAGGCAUACAACACCUUACAGGCUUGUAUGCCUCCGCCACAACUAAGGCUGCGGCCUCUUCUGUUAUAUCUUCAGAUGGAUGGAAGAUAGGCGACCGUGCCUAUGUAGCAGGCACGAAGGCUGGGUAUAUCCAGUUUAUAGGUGAAACGCAGUUUGCGCCGGGCGAGUGGGUCGGAAUUGUGUUGGACGACCCGGUCGGGAAGAACGAUGGUUCCGUUGCCGGUGUGCGAUACUUCCAGUGUACGCCGCAGCACGGCGUAUUCUCGCGAGCCGCAAAACUUACCAGACAGCCCGCGGCAGCAGGGGCUACAGCAGGGGUGCCGUCAGCGGCUGCCGCAAGGUCGCGGGCAUCCAGCUCGGCUUCUACUCGAGGAGCCGGAGACACGGUUAACGGGUCAAAACCGGACAGACCCAGCAGUCGCCUUUCGUCGUCAACAAAAACUUCCAGUCUCAAACAGCGGUUAGCGGGAUCCAGUGUGGGGACGUUGACGCCCAGCGUGUCCAUGACUAGUCUGGUGGACAUCGGGAAGAAGGCAGAGGAACUGUUCAGUCUUGGUGACCGUGUCCUGGUCAGUGGAACUAAAGCAGGCCUGGUGAGGUAUCUGGGGACGACAGACUUUGCCAAGGGGGAGUGGGUCGGGGUGGAGCUGGAGGAAGAACAGGGGAAGAACGAUGGAUCUGUAGCAGGGAAGAGAUAUUUCACCUGUACGGCAAAGUUUGGUCUGUUUGCUCCGGUGCACAAGGUCCAGCCUCUAGGGGAGGGGGAGCCUGUUCCCAAGGCAACGCCUAAACAAGCAUCAGUACCAGGCUCUGCAACAGCUGCAAGAAUAGCUGCCAGGAAAGCCCAGUCAGAAGCGCCCCCACCCCUGCCCCUCGGUACUCCAGGUGCGAGGUCUCGCAGUGGUAGCAGCAGCUCCAUCAGCUCCAUUAGUUCCAACAUCAGCUCUGCAUCCGGCUAUGGAAGGCACUCUGAACUCCGCGCCGCUGCCAGAAAGACGCGGGCAUCCACGGGAAGCUCUACACAUGCUAUGCAGGAACUACUGCAGGAGAAGGAAAAGAAACUGCAGGACCUUGAAGAUGCCAGGAUGGUUGUCAUCAAAAACAUCAAGGAGGCGCUGAAAGAGAAGCAACAGCAUGUGGAGCAGCUGUUGGCCGAGCGUGACAUGGAACGUGCGGAGGUGGCGCGAUCAGCCUCUGCCGUCCUGGAGUCUCAGACACAACUGGAUAGCCUCCGAGCAGAUCAUGAAAAGUAUGUCCGCGAGAGUGAAAUCAACGUGGAAAAACUGCGUGCAAUGGUGGAAGGUGCGGACAAGGAGAAGAUGGAGCUUGUCAAUCAACUUGAAGAAGAAAGAAGGAAAGUUGAAGACUUGACAUUCAGAAUUGAGGAACAAACCAUCUCAUCAGGAGACUUGGAGACACAGAGCCGAGAGGAGCAUGAACGCUUGAAACUAGUAGAGGCCGCCUUGAUCCAGGAGAGACGCAGGGCUGAGAAACUGCAGGAAGAGCUUGAGGAUACGCGGGCUGCCAGUGUGUCGGAAAAGGCCAAGAUCUCGGACCUUGAGAAGGAGAGCAAGGAGUAUUUUGAACAGAUCGAGGAGCUCACGCAGAAGCUGGAUGCCGCGGAAAAUAAGAUCAAGGCCUUAGAGAGCGAGAGUGUGGAGGGCGGGGCCCAGGCCAGUGUCGCUGAAAUCGAGAUCCAGGAGAAAAAUGACAGGAUCACCAAACUGGAGGGGAAAGUCAACAACUUCAAGCAGGAGAAGACGGCACUGGAGAAGUCACUGGCUGAGAUGAAAGAAGAACUUGAAGAUGGUAACAACAAGAGGCAGAAGCAAGAUCAAGUCAUCGAAGAACUAAAUGCCAAACUUACAAGCAAACAAGAGGCAAGUGACAACCUGAACAAGGAGAUGCAGGAACUAAAGAACAACAUUGCAGAGCUCCAGAGUCAGGUGAAGGCAGGAGAGGAGAAGACUUCCCAGCUGACUGCAGACAAGGCCAAACUGGAAGGAGAAAAGGAGGAGAUGUUGAAGAAUUCUGGAGACAGCUCUCAGCAGCUUGGCAGGCUGAACGACCAACUCAAGGAGAAGGAUAAAGAAAUCACAGAACUGAGGGAUGCCCUGUCCCAAGCCAACCAGAAUAACGAGAAGUUGGAGCACACGGCAAAGCAGGCCAAGGAGCAGGCCGCGCAGGAGUCAGCUUCUGCACAGGAGAAACACCAGGAGGAGAUCAGGGCCCUGCAGGAGAAACUUCAGAACAUGGAGAGCGAAGUCCAGAAGCACGUCAGCAAGAUCAGCAAGCUGACCGAGAGCCACCAGAAGGAGAUCGACGAGCUGACCAGCAAGCGGACGUCGGAGAUGACCGAUCUGAACGGGAAGCUGGCGGAGGCGGAGAAGAAGCUGAAGGAACUGAACAACCACCAGGAGAAGACACAGCACACCAUCGAGGAGGUGCAGCAUGAGAGGGACACGCUGAAGGAGUCCAAGGAGAAGGCCUGGGCCCAGUACGAGGCCGUUCUUAAAGAACGAGAAACAGCUCUGGCCGAGAAGGCGGAGCUGGAGGCUGAGAAACAGAAGCUCAGUCUGGAGAAGGAGACUGCCGUCGCCGAGAAGGAAGCUGCAGUCACCAAGCAACAAGAACUUACAGUAGAGAAGGAGAAGGCAGUCCAGGAAAAACAAGAUGUUCUUAACUCUGCCACUGAGUCCUCGGGUAAGCUUGCCCAGGUAAUUCAGGAGAAAGACGCAGCCGCUGCAGAGAAGGAAUCUGCAAGGAAAUCCACAGAAGAAGCCUUGUCAAAGAUUAAAGCCUUAGAAGAGGAGCUUGAGGCCACCAAAGAUGAACUAGUCAAGUUCCAACAAGAACUGGAGAAGAGCAGACAGGAGUCAGACCUGGGAGCACAGAGCAUUGCAGAGAUGCAGAAACAAAUAGAUCACAUCAAGAAUGAACUGAACGAGUCCCAGAGGAAGGUGACGGAGCUUGACACUGAGAACAACAACAUCAGGAGGGAAAAGGAGGCCUACAAGACAGAUGCAGAAGACAAGGCGAAGGAAAUGGAGUACCUUGUUGAGGUAUCCCAGAAAAAGUUCAAGGAGAUGGAAGAGGAGAACAACAGCAUCCUCGACGAGCUGGCUGAGUUCAAGGCUGAGGCCGAGGACAAACACAAGGCUCUGAAAAAAGCCAAGGACAUGGAGGAAGAAAAUUCCAACCUGAAGAAAGAACUGAAGAACCUGAAACAGCAGGCUGAGGACAAGAACCAGGCCAUGAAGGCCAGUGGUGAUGAGAUGCAGAGCAGGCUCGCCGCCAUGCGGGAACAAAACUCCAAACUCCGACAGGAGGUCGAACACCUCAAGGAGGAGGCCGAGGACAAAGCCAAGUUCCAAAAGCGGGCUACCCAACUGGAAACCGAUAACGCCAAACUCCGCAAAGAACUCGAGGAGUUCUGGAUGGAUGCCGAGGAGAACGUUCAGCAAGAGAAGAGAGAAACUGAGAUGUACCAAAAGCGUGUCGUGGAGCUUGAGUCCGAGAAGGACAAGCACCGCACAGAGGUCCAGGCUCUCUCUGAGGAACUCCUCCAGAACAAGAAGCAAUCCAAGAAAAGCAUCUCAGAGAUGCAGAAGAGGGUAAAAGAGAUGGAGGAGGACAGCCACAAGUUCCAGCAACUUCUAGAUGAGACAAGAACUGAGCUGGAACAAAAAUGCGAGCAAGAAAGGUCAGAAAAAGAACAACUUCAGACCAAGGUUUCUGAGAUGGAGACUGAGCGAGAGCAGCUCCAGAAGGACAUGGCCUCCUUCAAGACAGAAGUGCAGGAGAAGACAGCGCAACAACUGAAGGACAGUGGUGGCCUGCAGAAAAGACUUGCUGAACUUGAAGCUGAGAAGCAAAAACUGGAGAAGGACAUCGAAAUUAUGAAAGAAGAGUUCAAAGUCAAGUCAGAGCAAGAACAACGUGAGAAAGAGGACCUCCAAAAGAAGCUGUCCAACCUGGAGGCUGAAAGGAACAAGCUUCAGGAAGACAUGAGCAACAUGAAGAGUCAUCUGGAGGGGGAUCUGGAGAAAGGUCAGAAGGAAUCUGAACAACUCCAGCUGAAGACCAAGGACCUGGAGGACAGCAUCAACAAACUUCAGCAACAACUGGAGGAGAGGAAGAAGGAACAUGAGGAGAAAAAUGAUCAAGCUAAGAAGGACAUCAAGGGCCUCCAGAAGAGAAUAGCUGAGCUAGAAAAUGAGAACAAGAGACUAGAACAGGACAUGGGCAGCACUAAAGGGGAGCUGGAGAGUAAACUGUCUCAGGAGAAACAGGAGGGAGAACAACUCCAGGCUAAGGUAACUGAACUUGAAGCAGAAAACCUGAACCUCCACAAGGACAUGGGCAGAUUCAAGGGCGAGUAUGAAGGAAAACUUGAUUUAGAACAGAAGAAGAGUGCCCAGCUGCAGAAGAGAGUCGCAGAGAUGGAGACAGAAAACAGCAACCUGCAGAAACACAUGGAGAGGCUGAAGGGAGAGGUGGAGGGCAAACUGGAGCAAGGCCAGAAGGAGACCUGGGAGCUACAGAACAAGAUCUCUGAAGUUGAGGCUGAAAAGGAAAAAGUGCAGAAAGAACUGGAAAAUGUCAAGGAAGAACUUGAAGAAAACCUUAAGCAAGAGAAGCUGAAGGGAGAAGAAUUGCAGAUGAAGAUCACCAAGGCAGAGGCAGACAAGGAGAAGCUUCUUGAAGACAUGAAGGCUGCCAAGAAGAAAUCUGAUGAUAAGAUCAAGAAAAGAGAUGAAACCAACGCUGACCUCCAGAAGAAGAUCCAAAUAGUGGAAGCUGAAAAAGAACAGGUCCAGGGCGAGCUGAACUCCUUCAAAAAGGAAACUGAAGAAACAACUGAACAACAUCAAGAGGCCAGCCAGGAACUCCAGAGCAAGAUCACUGCCCUUGAGACUGAGAAAGAAAAACUUGAUAAUGAGAUCAAGACAAUGAAAGAAGAGACAAAUGCUGCUCAAAAGGCUGAAAAGGAAAGGAUUGACAGCUACCUGCAGAGCAUUGCUACUCUGGAGAAGGAAAAGAAGGAAGUGCAGCAAGACUUUGAGACCUUAAGGAAGGAGGCAGAGGACCAAAUGUUUCAAGCAACUACAACUCUUUUGGAGGAGAAAAAGGCCACUGCUGCAGCUGCCAGAGAGGUUGCUGACAGAGAUGCUGAAAUCGAGAACUUGAAGACAGAACUGGACAGAAUCAAGAACCUGUCUGAAGAUCACGCCAAGCAAAGCCAGUCAGAAAUCUCCGACCUUGAGAAGAGAAUAGCUGACCUUGAAGCAGAGAGGGACAUGUUGCAGAAGGGUACAGAGGCUCUGAAGGGAACCACUGACCAGAAACUCAAGCAAACUCAGCAGGAGAUAGUAGAGCUACAGAAGAACAUCAAAACUGUAACAUCUCAGAAAGAAGAUCUGCAGAAGGAGUUUGAUGAGUUCAAGGAGGAGACAGAAAACCAGACAAAGCAAGCUCUGUCAGAGAAAGAAGAACUACAGAAGAAAAUCUCUGAGACAGAAGCAGAGAGAGAUCAGCUUCAGAAGGAUCUGGACUCUUCUAAAGCUGAAACAAACAAGGUCACCAAGCAAGGAGAAAGGGAGGUGGCCGAGCUACAGAAGAAACUUGCCAAGGUGGAGGAGGACAAGGACAAACUGCACAGAGAGUUCAAGGCACUCAAAAUAGAGUCGGAAGAUAAAGCAGAAAAAGCUCAAGACCAACAGGAGGCCCUGAGCAGACAGAUCUCUGAGUUAGAGGCUGAGAAGUCUGACUUGGAGUCAGAUUUAGAGCAAGCUAGAAAUGACCUGGACAAUAAACUCAAGGCAGGGCAGAAGGAGUCAGGCGAUCUCCAGACCAGACUGAACGAGUCAGAAACCCAGAAAAGGGAGCUACAAAAAGAACUUAAGAAGCUCAAGAGGGAAUCUGAAGACAAGGAACAACAAUACCAGAUGGAGUCUGGGAAGCUCCAGAGGAAGAUAGCAGAUAUGGAGUCUCAGAAGGCCCAGGCUUAUCAGGACCUGGAACUGGCCAAGGAGGACUUCUCCAGUAAACUAGAGCUAAAGGUAAAAGAGACUGAAAGUUUACAAGGCUCAUUGUCGGAGCUUGAGACUGUCAAGAAACAACUGGAAAAACAUGUUGAGUCCAAGCAACAGGAGACUGUGGAACUCUCUAAGAACAAGGAAAAGGAAUCUCAGACUCUGCAAGGAAGAAUCAAAGAGCUGGAGUCCAUCAAAGCACAACUAGAAAAAGACAUGGAAACCAAGCAGCAACAGAAUACAGAGAUUGUUCAGAACAAGGAAAAGGAAGCUGGAAGUUUGCAGGAAAAAAUAACAGAACUGGAAUCACUAAAAACACAACUAGAAACUGAUGUAGAGACAAAGAAACAAGAGAAUGCAGAGAUUGUGAAGCAAGCAGAAUCUCAGGUCUUUGAGAUGUCCAAAACCAUCAUGGACCUACAAAAGGAAGUGCAAAAUGCCAACGUUGAGCUAGAAACUGCCAAGAACCAGGCAGCAGAGAACGAAAAGCAAGGUCACGCCACCUUGUCAGACACGCAGGCUUCCCUCUCCAAGGCAGAGGCGGAGAACAACAGUCUGCGUGCCGAGGUAGAGGGCCUGUCAGUUAGGCUCAAUCUAGAGCGAUCUCAGUUAUCUGAAGUGCAAAAUUCCUUAAAGCAACAACUAGACGACUACAAAUCUCGGGAGAACACCUUGCAGCGAGAUUUUGAAAGCGAGCGUAUGUCACUGCAGAAAGCAGUGGACAUCACGGAAAAACUGGUCAAACAAAAGGAUGAAGAACUUACGAUGUACCAAUCCCAGGUCACAGACUUGAAGGGUGAAACCCACCUUGUGGACAGCUUGAAGUUGAAGAUAGCGGCCUUAGAAGAAGUCAACGAGGAACUGGAAGACAAAGUGAACGUCUUAAACACAGCAGUGGAACAGCUGCAGAAGGAGUUGGAUGCCAUGACAGCUGGCGAUCCCCUCACGGCCAGGCUGAGAAAAGAGAAAGAAGAAGCCGAGGGCCAGGCCAAAGAUAUUCGGUUGAAGAUUGACUUCCUGAACUCUGUGAUCGUGGAUCUUCAGAGGAAGAACGAUGAGCUUAUCCGUCGUAUUGACCAGUUGGAGAGUGGUGUGAAUGGGGAGGACCUGUUCGAUGAAGAGGAAGAGAGACUAAGACAACUCCCCCCUCCCCGACUCUUCUGCGACAUUUGUGACGUAUUUGACGAACACGACACAGACGACUGCCCCAAACAGGCCACCGAGUAUGAGGAGUACACCUCCCACUCCCAGCAUCAUGGAGACAGGCAUGAAGAACGCGCCUUCUGUGAUAAUUGUGAAGUUUUUGGCCACUGGACAGAAGACUGUAAUGAAGACGAGGAGUACUAACCAUGGGGAGGGCCCAGCAUUCGCUACCAUCACAAAACACCCCUAUAAUUCAAUGGACUGUUCCACACUUGCUAGGCAGUUCAGAGCAAGUAACUAUCCAAACACCAGUGACAUCUUUAAUACAUCAUUUCUGUAAAGUGGAAAACUUGUUUUCAAGAAUUGAGCUAUCAAUUUGAAAAGAUUGGGAAUUUUUGGGGACAUGAAUAUGUCCUUUGUCUGAAAACAAUGUCCAGCAAAAAAAUGGUGGGACUAGCAGGGAAUGCUGGGAAGGGUGGGAAUGUGUACAGAUGAGUAUGUAUCUAUUAGAUUGUUGUAAUUUUAUAUUCAUUGCUGGCAAGGCAGGGAACAUGGCAAAGAUUCUCUCAACUAAAUUAAAAUUCACAAACUUCAUUGCCCCAGGUGUUUAGUAAAAUAACAAGAUGAAUUGAAGUAAAUGUUUCAGAACAUUGGUACUAAGAUGUUAAUGUGAUAAUAAACACAUUAAGAUUGUCUAGUGAUAGACAGUAAUACAUGUACAUUGAGAAAGCUGGGGUGAUAAAGCAGUGUAAGUUGAGCCAUAAAUUUGUAUGAAAAAUGUCCCUGUCUCUGCUUGUCAUAGCAGAGGGGCGAAACAAUAUCUGCUGUUCUGUUAUCGUCUUAAAAGAUUUUUGUAUACGUCAAAUAGAUAUGACUACACAGUUUAUUCCUGGGAGCAGAUACGUUAAGGUAUAUGGCAUAUCUUUUCGCUGCUAGAAUAUAAAACCUAAUAUGGUUUGUGAAAGUUACAAGUCAUAUAGCAUUGCUAUGAAAUUCUUGGCUUUGGUUUCGACUUAUUUAUUUGGUUCCCGUGGGUAGCUUGCACAUUAUGUCCUCAGGUUCUUAAUUUAUAGUUAUCUAAAUUAUCAAACAGUAACUAAUUCUUUAUACUGGCCGGUGUUGCAUAUGCUUCCAUUAACUAGAGGAUCGAGGGCUUCUUUCCUAUGAUUUUGUUACCACUAUUUAAGUUUGAAGAUUUCUAAUUGACCUUGCAGAGCGCUCCCAUGGUGUAAACCGCUGUGGUGGAAAUUGGGAAAAAAACAUUUGUGGUCGGUUUUGAUGUUCAUCAACUGUUGAGAGACUUGGACAGAGUGUGUAUGUCAGGACCUGGGGAGAGGGCGACCUGGAAAAGGUUUAUUGAAUAAAGUGUGAUGAAUACGUUGUG